UUGCUUGCGACUGGCGACAUGCGAUCAAUGUAGAACGGGCUAUACGGCUAUCAUAUCAAGAAAGAACGGGUGACCGUCGUUGUAUGCGUUUAAAGAAUUUUCUCGAUCAAUUGUCGUUUAAUUCGAUCUUGUUUCGUGUAAAAGAUGACAGUUGAAUUGAAAAAGUUUCUUUAUGAAUUAUUAAGCAAUGUGGAAGGUCUGCAUAGCAUAUUAAUUACAGACAGAGAUGGGGUACCUGUCAUAUCUGUAGCCAAUGAAAAGGUACCAGAAUUAGCUACAAGAGCUAGUUUCUUAUCUACUUUUGGAAUGGCUACAGACCAAGGAAGUAAAUUGGGUCUUGGAAAGAACAAAACUAUUAUGUGCAUGUAUAGUAAUUACCAGGUAAUCCAGAUGAAUAAAUUACCACUGGUUGUUAGUUUUAUUGCUAGUCACAAUUGCAAUACUGGUCAUAUAUUAUCAUUGGAAAAUAAGAUCGAUCCUAUUCUAUGUAGUUUAAAAAAUGCAGUAGUGGAAGCCUGAUGGUUACCUGUUGUCCAUUAUGGGUGAUAAAUGUUGAACGUGGACAUUAAAUCUGUGGACUGUUGCGAAUUGUCAGUAAACAGUGUUGAUCUUGUAUUAAGCAGUUUUUUUCAAGAAUACUAGGUCUAUUGAAAACAUUUUAUGUGUGAGAGAGAAAGAAAUAAAAGAUUAUUGUGUAUAUAUAUAUAUAUAUAAUAUUUUAAAGUAAAACACUAUACUACAGAAAAGUUCUUUUUGAGGACUUUAGAGAUACUUUUAAAGUUAAAAUGUUAAUUUAUUCAAAGAAAAUACUACACACAUUUUUUUUUUUAAUAAAAUUAUGUUACCACAUCUUGACAAUUCAUGGCAUUAAAUAACUUAAUAAGAAAUAAUCAAAUAAAACAUUGUUAGAAAGAUUUUUCUGAAAAUUGAAAGAUUUGAAGAAAAUAAUAAGUUUGAGAAAGUAUAUAAAACUUCAAGAAACAUUUAAAUAUAUAGCAGUAAUAGUAUAUACAAUUUUCGAGAAAAUCCUACACAGCAUCUUUUAUAGAAUCAUUCCAAUGUAAUAAUGAACUAAAUAAUUGAAUUUAAUAAGAGAUGUCUAAGAAU